AGGAAAUCUGAAGACUUUUAUAGCAAAUCCUCCAGUGUCAAAAUGAACACAGAUAGCGGUGGGUGCGCUCGCAAACGUGCUGCAAUGUCUGUCACAUUAACAGCUGUGAAGAGAGUUCAGAGUUCUCCAAACCUAUUGGCCUCAGGGUCUGAUUCUCAGUCUCCAGAUUCAGCUUGGAGAUCUUACAAUGAUGGAAGUAGAGAGACACUGAAUGGAGAUGCUAGCACUUCAUCUCUUACAGCAAAAGGUUUUAGGAGCGUGCGGCCAAAUCUACUGGAUAAAAAAUCACCAACUCAGGCUCAGAUCACGGUGAAUGGGAACUCUGGCACUGCUGCCAGCCCAGUGAGUCACUUUCAAAGGCCUUUUUCCCCUUCUUCAGCUUACCCUCCACCAGCUUCACUCAAUUCCAACAUUGUUAUCAUGCAGCAUGGCAGGAUGAUGGAGUCCACAGAGACAUACUCACAGCAUGUUCAAACUGUUGGCAGCACCACCACCACCAGUACAAUACCAAUCUGUAGAUCCUCAGAAGAAGAAAAAAAAAUUACAGUCAUUAAAGCUCCACAUUAUGCAGGGAUUGGCCCGGUAGAUGAAUCUGGAAUCCCUACAGCAAUUAGAACGACAGUUGACAGGCCAAAGGAUUGGUACAAGACAAUGUUCAAGCAAAUCCAUAUGGUUCAUAAGCCUGAUGACGACACAGACAUGUAUAAUACUGCAUAUGCAUACAGUACUGGUAGCUACAGUCCAUCGUUCUCUGCUCAAGCACACCCAGCUGCAAAGACGCAGACAUACAGACCGUUGUCUAAAAGCGCUUCUGACAGUAGCUCGGAUGCCUUUAAGGUCUCAUCCCCUUUACCACCUCCACAUGUGCCACCUCCAGUACCACCACAUCGUCUGAGGGAAAGGUCUACACCAGAAAAAAAUGACUGGGAUCCCCCUGACAGAAAGGUAGAUACCCGCAAGUUCCGUUCUGAACCAAGAAGUAUUUUUGAAUAUGAGCCGGGAAAGUCAUCAAUCCUUGAACAUGAAAGACCGACUGAUCGCAUAAACCCAGAUGACAUAGAUUUAGAAAAUGAAUCCUGGUAUAAAUUCUUUUCAGAACUGGAGUUUGGACGUCCGCCACCUAAAAAGCUUUUGGACUAUGUUCAAGACAGUUCUUCUGGUGUUUCCAAUGAGACUUCCUUAUAUCAUCACUAUUCAACAGACAAAGGCCUGGACAGGCCCUCUAGUUCUGCAAGUACUGCGAGUGACUACAGAAAAAGAAGGAAGUCAGAACCUGCUGUAAGUCAUCAGAGGGUGCACAGUGAUCAGAACGCAAACAGGCCUAGCCUAGGCCGUACAGAUAUGCAAGGCCCGUAUACCACCCUUAGAAAGCCUUUAACUAGCUCGUCUCCUUCUUCUCCAUCAAGAGCUAAAGGUGGGGAUAUUAGCAAAGUAUAUCCAUCCCUUUUAAGUUAUUCAGUGCACAACCACAACACCUCAAACGAAUUAGAUUACUGUAGCACUUAUAGGCAACAUUUAGCUGUUCCAAACGAUUCAAGAAGGGCAAUCAGCUACAAGAAUGGCUGGCAAAUGACUCGUCAAAAUGCAGAAGUCUGGAGCAGCACCGAAGAAACUGCUUCUCCGAAGAGAAAAUCUCGUAGCUGUGAUGAUCUGCUAACAGAUGAUCGCGAUAGCUUUCCGGAUGCACAGGCCAAGUCUGAAAGCAUGGGCUCUCUGUUAUGUGAGGAGGACUCCAAAGAAGUUUGCUCAAUGAACUGGACCUCCCCAUAUGUUGAGGGCCGUGGUAGUAGUAGGUCAAGAGUUCGUCACAGAUCUGCACAUGAUGCCCCAGGUUUCCUAAAAAUGUACAAAAAGAUGCACCGCAUCAAUCGCAAGGACUUGAUGAAUUCUGAGGUGAUUUGUUCUGUGAAGUCCAGAAUACUGCAGUACGAAAAAGAACAGCACAAAAGUAUUCUUCAAGGGUGGAGAGAGUCUUCUACUGAAGAGGUGCCCAGAGACAUGGUGCCAACCAGAAUAUCUGAAUUUGAAAAGUUAAUUCAGAAGUCAAAAUCAAUGCCGAACCUAGGUGAUGAAAUGUUGUCAACUGUUACACUAGAGCCUCCUAAAAAUGGCUUAUGUGCGAAGAGGCGAUUUUCUAUCGAAUCCUUGCUGGAAGAAGAAAAUCAAGGCAGACAUCCCUCUCAGGUACAACGGAGCUACAAGUCUAAAACCCUGGUGCCAAUUCAUAUUGAAGUGACCAGUGAUGAGCCACAACGAUCGCAUAUGGAUUUUUCAGACAGUGAUCAAGAUGGAGUGGUUUCUGACCUCAGUGACUUUAUCCAGAUAGAGGGUUCAUCCUUUUGUAGUGAAAGUGACUUUGACCACUUUUCCUUCACAUCAUCUGAAAGCUUUUAUGGAUCAGGCCAUCACCACCACCACCACCACCACCACCACAGGCAUCUGAUUAGCUCCUGCAAAGGACGAUGCCCAGCAUCCUACACCCGCUUCACCACCAUGCUAAAACAUGAAAGGGCUAAACAAGAAACCACUGAAGAUCCAAGGAGACAGGAAGCAGAAUCUGGCCUCUCUAAGAUAGCAUUCCUAGUCAGUCCAGUGCCUUUCCGGAGGAAAAAAAGUGCAGCUCCUAAAAAACAAACUGAAAAGAAAAAAUGCAAGUCAUCUGUAUUUGAAGCACUAGAUUCUGCGCUUAAAGACAUCUGUGACCAAAUUAAAGCUGAAAAAAGAAGGGGAAGCUUGCCUGACAACAGUAUAUUACACAGACUUAUUACUGAGCUGCUUCCAGACAUUCCAGAAAGGAAUUCAUCUCUUAAAGCUCUGAAAAAGAGUCCCAUGCACCAGCCUUUUCAUCCACUGCCUCAAGAUGGUGCUAUCCAUUGCCCACUGUACCAGAAUGAUUGUGGAAGAUUACCUCUUAGUGCCUCUUUUCCAGACAUGGACGCAACUAACAACAAUGAUAGUGCACUGUGUUUCCAAGACCAGGAGUCUCCUGGAAGCUAUUCUGCUUUCACUGAUGUGGGACGAUGUACUCCAAGGGAGAGAAGAGGAACUACAGACAAAGAGAAACUGCCAGCUAGAGCUGUAUAUGACUUUAAAGCUCAGACUUCUAAAGAGCUGUCCUUUAAGAAAGGAGAUACUGUCUAUAUCCUCAGGAAAAUUGAUCAAAACUGGUACGAGGGUGAGCACCAUGGAAGAGUUGGAAUAUUCCCGAUUUCUUAUGUCGAGAAACUUUUUCCCCCAGAAAAAGCACAGCCUGCCAGGCCGCCUCCCCCUGCACAGAUUGGAGAGAUUGGAGAAGCUAUUGCCAAAUAUAAUUUCAGUGCAGACACAAACGUGGAGUUAUCGCUUAGAAAGGGAGACAGAGUAAUUCUUCUUAAGCAAGUUGAUCAAAACUGGUAUGAAGGUAAAAUACCAGGAACCAACAGACAAGGCAUCUUCCCUGUUUCCUAUGUAGAAGUCAUCAAAAAGAAUGCAUCAAAAAGUGUUGAUGACUACCCUGAUCCUCCAAUACCCCAAAGCUAUUCUAGUGACAGAAUACACCAUUUAAGUUCAACUAAGCCACAGCGCCCUGUGCUUGCUCAUGAAAACAUACACAGUGGGGGGGAACCGUUUCAGGCUCUAUAUAACUAUACUCCUAGGAACGAAGAUGAAUUGGAGCUCAGAGAGGGAGAUGUCAUUGAUGUGAUGGAAAAAUGUGAUGAUGGAUGGUUUGUGGGAACCUCGAGAAGAACCAAAUUCUUUGGUACUUUCCCUGGAAACUAUGUCAAGAGGCUGUGAAUUUUUUUUUCUACUUAUUUAUGCUGCAUCUCUGCAACACAUCUGCAUAAAGCUGCUAGAAAACAUGCUACGCUGACCUUCUGUUUUCUUGCUUGCAGUCUCAAGUAGAGGCCAUCUAGUUCAUCCUCAUCCCAUCCCACCCGCCAAACUGUUCCAGCAGUAUUACAGCAACGAACACGGUGUGAAUAACUAAGCUUUUCUGAAACAAGAGGAAUCGUUUCAACAUUUAAAUACUCCCUGCUUUACAGUCUUUUCACUUGAAACAAUAGGAAAAGUCUGAUGACAGGUACACAGAUGAAUUGCCAUG